AUCAUUCGUCGCUAACUCUUCGAUAACCGCAGAUCAAAACGCCAACCAACAAUCACCAUGAAAUUCCUGAUUGUCUUCGUCGCCCUCUUCGCCGUGGCUCUGGCUGCUCCUCCACAAAACCAAGAAGCCCAAAUCCUGCGGUCCGAGUCUGAUGUUGGACCCGAUAGCUUCAAAUACGACUGGGAGACUUCCGAUGGACAGGCUGCUCAAGCUGAGGGUCAUCUGAACAACGUUGGAACUGAGAACGAGUCUCUCGCCGUCCAUGGAUCCUACAGGUUCGUUGCUGACGAUGGUGUCACCUACGAGGUUAAAUACAUCGCCGAUGAGAACGGAUUCCAGCCCCAGGGUGCCCAUCUGCCCGUUGCCCCUGUGGCCUAAGUCGUUCAAAAUUGUUAACUAGUUCCCUUUUAAUGUCGGUUAAUCGGAAAAAGUAAACCCGUUGAGACCGUUUUUUUUAUUAAGGAGAACCGAAUCUAAGUCAAUGAGUCUAAAGUGUUAUUAAAGAAAAAUAAUUUUUAUAUGAAA